GUCACAUCAAAGGGUAAAUCCCACAAGAAAAGAACAAAUAGUUCUGAAUUGUCAGCACCCAUUUUUGAGAAAGCCAGCAAUGACAGCAUAUCAAGUGAAGAAGCCAGCAGAAGCUCAAAUGAUCUAUUCCCUGACCCCCCACCUCUCUGCAGUUCACUUGUGGACAAAGUCUGUUUAUCACCUUCAAAAGUCCAUGAUGCUACAGCACAAAACAAUGGGCAAUGUCUCAUUCCCUAUCCUUCAGAGCAUGAUCAGAGUCCUAUAAAGUCACCCCUUUCUUUUGACACAACAUCGAUGUUUGGUGACCUUUCAGUGGGAGGUUUUGAGAGCAAUCUUUAUCCAGAUAUUCAGCUUGCCAAAGAGAGCUUUAGUCCUCUGGAAACCACAACAGAUAAAAAAGAACUUUUUGAGUCGUCAUUCUCACCAUUCUUAGAGCAGAGAGACUGGAAUCUGAUGGUUGAUGUUACUCCUGUGCUGCCAAAUGAGAUUUCUCAGUACAAAGAGGACUCUGACUCAAAUGAGAAUAAGACCAAUUUUAACCAUGUCUCAUUUGCUUUGCCAGAGAAAUUAAUGGACUACAAUCCAAAUCUCAACAGUAAUGUGUCAGUUGAUGAUCUAGAAAUCAAAAGGAUAAUUACAGAGCUUGAGAGUCAGCUGCAAACAGCCAAACUCAGCAGCCCUCCACCAUUAGACAGUGAGCUUCCAAAACAGUUAACAAUGAGCAAAUUCUCUCCACUGAGACUUGACCCUGACAGUGAAGAUGAGGACAGUAGCUUAGAGAUGAACUGUUCCUCAGAGAACUUGCAAAUUGUCAGACCAGUAGACUCACAAUCAGUGCUGUUCUCAGAACCUGACUUACCGUGGUCUAGUCUGCUCCCAUUUGGAUUGAUAUGUGGACAGCAAGGUCUUCAUACGCCAACACAUUCCUCUACUAUCAACACACCAACUGAUUCAGAACAUGACCAUUUGGAUAUAAAGGACAGCAUGGGGCUCACUGAUUUGAACGCAGAAAAUGGUUCACCUACGCAUCCAGAGGACAAAACAGAGAAGAAUGACUGCUUAGACAAGUCCAAGGAGAUGCUUGAGCAUGAAAUUUACACAGAAAAUCUAAUGAAAAGCUUGGAAGUUAUCUCAGAUUCUUUGUCUUCAGGUUUUACAUCACCUCAGUCAUCUCCUAAUCAAGAGAGUGUGGUUCCUGAAGAACAAGAAAAACAAGACAAUGAACACUCUGAACAAAAUGAGUCUGAACAUAUAGAAUCUAGAAACACAAAAGCAGAGCUCACAAAGUUCUUAGUGGAGACAUUUAACACAAACUCCGCUACACUAGAAGAGACAACCAGUGACAUUUCUGGGUCAGAUAACAGAACAAAGGUCUGCAUAAAUGAGACUAGUAAUGACACUCUUCAUCAUGAAUUAUUAGCUAAUGAACAACAGUUUGCGGAGAGUUCCUUUGAGAGUCCACCAACUACAUGUGUGAACUCAAAUGAAAUCGAUUUACAGAAGUCUUCUGUCUCCAUAUAUGAACACAAGUGUGAGUCCCCUGUCAGCCAAACUGAAAUUGCCGAGUGUGAUACACAGUUUGAUAUUAAGAACUCAAAUUAUACUAUGCAAACUUCAGACUUCUCCAAAAUAUUCCACUUCUCAGCAUCCCCUACC